AUGACCCAUAGGGCAGCCCAAUGCCAGGGACAAUGUUCCUUCGGAGAAGAGGAUUAUGCCGUGAUCGAGGGGGAGGAAGAAGAAGGGGGAAGAAGAGAAAGAGGAAGUUCUUGUCGUUCUUCGGCCAUGGAUCUCGUUGCUCCCUCUUCUCCUCAUCGGAAACUUUGGUGCGAACUGCCAGAAGUCCGGGAUUCUGGGAUCUUGGAUGGGAUGAGCCAUGGAGAGAGGAAGCUCCAAGAGGCCAUCUUUGAGGUCAUCACUUCUGAGGCGAGCUACCUCAAGUCGCUGAACGUUCUAGUCCGACACUUCGUCCAGUGUCCCCAAUUCUCGGAUGACUCUCGUCCAGAUUGCGUCCUUUCCCGACGGGAUCGGCACAUUCUCUUCUCAAACAUCGUUCCAGUCCGUGAUGCAUCUGAACGACUGCUGGGUGAUCUUGAGGAACGAUGGGGGAUGGAUGUAUACAUCAAAGACAUCUGUGACAUCAUUUACAAACAUGCAUCACACCACUUCUCUGUCUAUGUCAAGUAUUGCUCUAAUCAGAUCUAUCAGGAUCGGCUUCUCAAUGAACUCAAGGGGAAUUGUGGCUCAUUUUUGGAAGUGUUAAGAGAGUUGGAAUCAGAUGGAGUUUGUCAGAGCUUGAGCAUGCAUUCCUUCCUCAUGCUUCCUAUGCAGCGAAUCACUCGACUUCCUCUUCUUGUUGAUGCCAUCUUCCAUCGACUUCACCCUGACUCACCUGAAUUCCACAAUGCCAAAAUGGCCCUCACUGCUCUCAACAAGGUGGUGCGUGAGUGCAAUGAGGGAGCUCGAAAGAUGGAAAGAAUGGAGGAGAUGCUGCUAUUGAGUCGGCAGUUGGAUUUUGGUGGUUGCAAAGCAGUUCCUCUCAUCUCUGCCUCUCGAUGGCUUGUCAAGAAAGGAGAAUUGACUCGCCUUCUCUGGAAGGAGACUGAUACUUACCGACGAAGUCACCGUCGCCCUCACAAGCAGACUCUUCAUUUAUUCCUCUUCACUGACCUCCUUGUAGUUACAAAGAAGAAGAGUGGUGAGGAAGCAUCUGGAACCUUCACAGUCCUAGAUCACUGUCCCAGGAACAUGGUGCAGGUCCAAGAAGUGGAGGAAUACCGGACCAGGUGGAUUCAAGCAAUGACACCAAGGAUCUCUGUGAAUCCUAAUGAGGUCAUCUAUGAGGAAUGGGAUUGUCCUCAAAUGCAAGCUGUUCAUCCUUAUCAGGCUCAGCAGAGUGAUGAACUGUCCCUUGACAUCUCAGAUGUUGUAAAUGUCCUCAAGAAGACUCCUGAUGGUUGGUACCAAGGGGAGCGGAUCCGAGACGGAGAACGAGGUUGGUUUCCUGGCAAUUUCUGUGAAGAGAUAGCAUCCGCACACGUUCGAGCUCGGAACCUUCGACAGAGGAAUCGACUACUUAUCCUAUCAGACACUUUCAUCCAGGAUCGACAGCGCGUGAACGUGAAAACCGAUAGAAGACCUCGUCCCAGAAUCGACAUUGGCAGCUCAAACGACCCUAAGUCUCUGACCACCUCAUCGUGAAAUGCGGGACAAAGAAAGGGUGGUCCAUUCUUCACUUGUGAUGCCAAGUUCCCAAUACACUGCUGGAUUUCCAUACUGCCCCUGUUAUUUCUACGUGAUUCCCUAUAUCUUUGAAUACUCUGAGCCUCAUUUUCGGCCUUCCUCCAAGAAGAAGAAAAACGUGUGAUAGCUACAGAGUUCACAUUUGCGAUAUUCUUUCAUUCCUCAUCUUUUCGUCAGUGUUGCCUUUUCAUAAUUUUUUUGUAAGGAAAUGAUUAUGUAUGUCAAAUAAAUUAUGCUUUCGUGAA